GAACAUGAGAAGAAGGUUGGCAUGAGAUCAUCUCUUCUGUUCUGAUCUCAAAGCUUUCUGUGAUCGGACCUUUUAUUUAUGAAAGAACCCAUUGAUUCCUGAUUAUCCGUGGUUGACCGAAUUGCCAAGAACAGAUGGUUCCACCCCGCAAUUUGGUCUGUCGGGCAUUAUUUAUCCCGGUGGCGGCGAUUGAGCGGGAUAAAUGCCUUAUCCCUUCUCCUUAUUCCGUCUCCAAACUAGGCCGAAAUCUGUUACACAAAUCUCAAAGCACCGCAGCUCCCGUCUGCGAUGCCAUGUCGCCACCGUCGUCUGUUCCGUUCGGUGCACGGAUCACGACGCUUCCGGGACGAGGUCUAAGAGAUCUAGAAACUCCCAAAGCCCCUUGUACCCCUUCCCCCUCCCGGAGAAGCUCACAUAACAGCACGCCCUCCAUCGAGCCUAACCCUGGGCAAAUGACAUAGCUUAGACUCCCCAGUCCCCGCCGGGGCGAGGAGAGGAGGGACGAAGGGCCUCGCCGGAGCCGCCGAGUCCACGGCGGGGAGGGGGGCUAGGCGAAACAGCUCGAAAUCGCCGGCCGCUCCGGAACGACGGUAGAUCGAUCGGUGUCCGUUCAAUCAGCAGCGGACGUCUCCGAUUUGUCUCUUUCCUUAUUUUAUUUUAUCUUCUUCGCAUUCUCAAGAGUUAAGAGGUGAUUUCCUUUAGAUAGUUCCUUAUUCUCUCCACGUGUGACCAUAUAUACCAUCCGAUCGUUGGAAUCUCAGCGGACGGUCGAGAUGGGGGAUAAAGUCUAGGGUUCAGAUUGCGAGGAUUAUCGUGUGUUAACUUCCCUAGAUGCUGCUCGAAGAGGGAGCGAAGGAGUUCUCGCGCCGGGGUUUUUGCUAGCUAUUUGGAUCGAUUCGUUCGAUUGCUCCUUUCUUCUUCUUGAUUUCCAGAAAUGUCGAGAAUGGAUAGCAAGAGCGGCACAAAAUUGAAAAGAAAGGAAGUUGCAACGGCAAACCAAGCACGAGUGUAUUGGACAAGAGAGCAUGAUCGAGUGCUUAUUGAUUUGAUGGUAGAGCAAACUCUUGCUGGUGCUAGAGUGGGUGCGGGCUUUACAAGGGAUGCCUGGUUUGACAUGGUGGAUAGGUUCAAUGAACGUACGAGGCUGCGUUAUGAUGUUGAUCAUUUGAAAAAUCGUCUGAGGUUUUAUAAACGGGAAUAUCGGAUAGUUAGUGCUAUAAAGAACCAUGCAGGUUUUAGUUGGGAUCAUAAAAUGCAAAUGGUGACUGCAGAUGAUGCUGAAUGGGAUGAAUAUGUUAGGAAAAAUCCUGAAGCAAAGCUAUACCGGACGAGGCAAACACCUUUUAUUAAUGAACUGGAGGUUACUUUUGGAUCGUCAGCAUCAAAAAGCAACGGUGCGUCCUCUUCUAGGAUUCAUUAUGGUGAAAGAAAUGACACAAAUGGCAAUUUAGGUGAAGGUGAUGGGACAUUGAACUCUUUUGCGGAUACCCCACAAACAUCUAACGAUCCUAUGGCUACAUCUGCUGACAUACAUGCAGAGGUGCCACAGGAUGUUCCUGAAGCAGAAAAUUUUUACAUCCGUCGAGCUGCACCUUUAAAUAUCUUAAGAGGAAAUAGUAGAAAGUCUCGACGGCAAUCAGAUGAUGCGUUAUUAGCCCUGCGGGAAAUCGCAGAAGCCUCAAAGAGACGAAUAUCGGCUGAAGAGGCAAAAGAUGAAAAGUUGAGUCUACUUGAUGAAUGCCUGGAAGAGCUCAAUCUCAUGAAAGACAUCGAUAAUGAGUUAUACGUGAAGGCCCUAUUUAUCUUCAAGGAGGAGUAUAAUCAACACAUAUUCUUGAAGACCACAGAAACAGAAGGUCAAGGAUAAGUUCAUGACAUGGUUUCCUAGUUAGUUGAGAUCUGGAAACAUGAUUUUCAAAUGAAUGAAGAAGAGGGCAAGACAUGCAUGUCGUGGACAUGAACACUCCAACCACUUGAGUAUGGUGAGAUUAGCACGACUUCUACGGAAAGGUUGAGCAAAACUGGACUGUUCUUGAUUUUGAGCUAGUUCGGUCAUUUCGUUGAAGGGCUAAACAACACUUAUGGCUCGGCAAUGUUGUGCCAUUGUAUGUAGUUGUUGUCUUUUGAUAUUUAUUGACACUAAUUUGAAAUUCCUAUUCUGCAGUAAAGCUAGCACUUUUUGGACUUUAAUUUCA